CAAGUGACGGGGAUCCCAACAGACUGAGCUAAAGGUCCAGGUUCCGGAGCCAUGAAGUUUGUCAUUGUUGUUCUGUUGGCUGCCGCGGUGGCAGCAGAGCAGAAGCGCGAGGCGGAUCCCCAUUAUGGCUACGGUAGUCCUUACCAUCUCCAUCAUGUGGGAAUAGCUCAUCACCCGGGCCACGCGACCUCAUAUGUGCACUCUCAUAUUGGCAAGAGGGAGGCUGAAGCCGAUCCUCACGGUGGAUACGGCACUCGUUACCUCUACCACGGACUUCAUUAUCCCGUUGGAAUCGCCUAUCAUCCUGGCCACGCGACCUCGUACGUACGCUCCCACGUCGGCAAGAGGGAAGCUGAGGCCGAGCCAAAUCCUCACGUUGGAUACGCCCUUCCCUACGGCUACCUCGGUUAUGGUGGAUAUGGUUAUCCCAUUUCCUACGGUUACCAUGGAUACUAUCCUUAUCGUCAUGGCCUUCUUGGUUGAACGAAGACAAAGAAAAUGAGUGAUUUGAAUACGACCUGUUGAAGUUUAGAAAAAACUCUACAUCUUUCUUGAUACUGCAUUACCUUCUCUGUGAAUUAUAUUGUCCAUGAAAGUCAUUGAACAUGUAUUUUCUAUUAUGCUAAUAAAAUGAUGCCAGAAUUA